GAGAAAUGCACGACCUAUGAUCUUGUUUCAGCUGCCAAGAGGCAAAGCUCAUUUUAUCUUGAGGUUUCAAGAGCCAAUGUGGACAGUGAGAUCAUUAUGGAAGAAGCUGUUGGUAGAUACAAAGCAUUCCUCUACUUAAUCAAGGAAAACCGUGAAAAGACGAUCAGACUAAUCAGUGUUCCGACUUAUGAUAUUGAUCUAAUUUGGCAUACACAUCAGCUGAACCCUUCCUCUUACUACAAGGAUAUGGUAAAGAUCUUUGGUAACAUCUUACAGCAUGAUGAUACGGCAGACUCUGCCACAAGCGAAGGUAUGAAUCUCGACACUGUUUUCUCUGGAACUACUGCGCAAUGGGAAGAAACAUUUGGUCAAAGGUAUUGGAAAGCCAGCAUGGAUACGACGCCACAUACUUCAGCUAUGGUGGAGACUGAGAGGAGCGGUGCAGGUGCUAGAUGCUUGGCUGAGGCUGCUGAGAAAUGUAGUGCUGGUGCUAGGUGCUUUGCGGUGGAGGCUGAGAAGACCAGUGCUAGGUGUUUUGCUGUGGAUGCUGAGAAGAAAAAUGCUAGGUGCUUUGCAUUGGAAGCUGAGAAGAACAGUGCGAGAUGCUUUGCUCUGGAAGCUGAGAAGAACAGUGUUAGGUGCUUUUCUGUAGAGGCUGAGAAGAAAAAUGCAACGUGCUUUGCAGUGGAAGCUGAGAAGAACAGUGCUAGGUGUUUUGCUGUGGAGGCUGAGAAGAAAAAUGCAAGGUGCUUUGCAAUAACGAAUGGUAAGAGCAGUGCAAGGUGCUUUGCAGUGGAAGCUGGGAAGAACAAUGCUAGGUGUUUUGCUGUGGAGGCCGAGAAGAAAAAUGCAAGGUGCUUUGCAAUAACGAAUGGUAAGAGCAGUGCAAGGUGCUUUGCAGUGGAAGCUGGGAAGAACAAUGCUAGGUGUUUUGCUGUGGAGGCCGAGAAGAAAAAUGCAAGGUGCUUUGCAAUAACGAAUGGUAAGAGCAGUGCAAGGUGCUUUGCAGUGGAAGCUGGGAAGAACAAUGCUAGGUGUUUUGCUGUGGAGGCCGAGAAGAAAAAUGCAAGGUGCUUUGCAAUAACGAAUGGUAAGAGCAGUGCAAGGUGCUUUGCAGUGGAAGCUGGGAAGAACAAUGCUAGGUGUUUUGCUGUGGAGGCCGAGAAGAAAAAUGCAAGGUGCUUUGCAAUAACGAAUUGUAAGCGCAGUGCAAGAUGCUUUGCAAUUGAAGUUGAGAAGAAAAAUGAUAUUGCUGUGGAGGCGGAGAAGAAAAAUGCAAGGUGCUUUGCAGUGGAAGCUAAGAAGAACAGUGAUAAGUGCUUUGCUGUGGAGGCUGAGAAGAAAAAUGCAAGGUGUUUUGCAAUGAUAGAUGGUAAGAGCAGUGCAAGGUGCUUUGCAAUGGCCACCGGAAAGAACAGUGCAAGGUGCUUUGCAGUGGCGGCUGAAAAGAACGGUGGAUGUGGAUGUGGUAAUUUGAUGGAGAACAAUGCUAAGGAAAAUGCUCCACUGGCGGAAGGCGCUAUUGCAGCUUAAUUACUCAACUGAAGAAGUUCUAAUGUGUAAUGCCAAUGUAAAAUAUAUGUAAUAUAUGAUCUGGAAAUGCUGUGAAACAAAUGAGUGAUGUUUCUAAUGUUACAUGUUACAUGUACAUGCUAAUGUAUAUAAAUAAGUUACAACAGUUUAAUAUC